AUGUCCUCUUGUCUUCCAGCGAUUCAUGAGUUCCCCACAGACCUGUUCUCCAAUAGCGAGCGACAGCACGGAGCCGUCUUGCUGCAUAUCCUUGGUGCUCUGUACAUGUUCUACGCCUUGGCCAUAGUGUGCGAUGACUUCUUCGUUCCGUCUCUAGAGAAGAUCUGCGAGAAACUCCAUCUGAGCGAAGAUGUGGCUGGAGCCACCUUCAUGGCUGCAGGAAGCUCGACGCCAGAGCUGUUUGCCUCUGUAAUUGGUGUGUUCAUCACCCACGGAGAUGUCGGGGUUGGGACCAUCGUGGGCUCUGCUGUGUUCAACAUCCUGUGUAUAAUCGGAGUUUGUGGAUUAUCCGCAGGGCAGCAGGUGAUCCGUCUGACGUGGUGGGCCGUGUGCCGAGACUCUGUGUACUACACCCUCUCUGUCAUUGUGCUCAUUGCCUUCAUAUAUGAUGAAGAAAUUGUGUGGUGGGAAGGCCUGGUGCUCAUCAUCUUGUACGUGUUUUACAUUCUGAUCAUGAAGUACAAUGUGAAGAUGCAGGCCUUUUUCACAGUCAAACAAAAGACCAUUGCAAAUGGCAACACGGUCAACAGUGAGCUGGAGGAUGGUAAUGAUUACUGUGAUAGUAGCUCUGAUGACCCUUCCAUGCCAUUGCUGGGGCAAGUGAAGGAGGAGCCGCAGUACAGCAGAAACCCAGUGGUGAUGGUGGAUGAGGUCAUGAGCUCCAGCCCUCCCAAGUUCACCUUCCCGGAAGCAGGCUUACGCAUAAUGAUCACCAAUAAGUUUGGGCCCAGGACUCGUCUGCGGAUGGCCAGCAGGAUCAUAAUUAACGAGAGGCAGAGGCUGAUCAACUCGGCAAACGGUGUGAGCAGCAAGCCACUUCAGAACGGGAGACACGAGCGCAUCGAGAACGGGAACGUUCCCGUGGAAAGCCCUGCAGAGCCGCAGCGGGAGCGGGAGCAGCCGCCGCCGGCCCCGGAGCCAGAGCUGGUCGAGGCCGCUUUCCUGUCCCCCUUCUCCAUGCCCGAGGCAAGAGGGGACAAAGCCAAGUGGGUGUUGACCUGGCCACUCAUCUUCCUCCUGUGUAUCACCAUCCCCAACUGCAGCAAGCCCCGCUGGGAGAGGUUCUUCAUGCUCACCUUCGUCAUGGCCACGCUGUGGAUCGCUGUCUUCUCCUACCUGAUGGUGUGGCUGGUGACUGUUAUUGGAUACACCCUUGGAAUCCCUGAUGUCAUCAUGGGCAUUACUUUCCUUGCAGCAGGCACAAGCGUUCCAGACUGCAUGGCCAGCUUAAUUGUGACGAGACAAGGCCUUGGUGACAUGGCGGUCUCUAACACCAUAGGAAGCAACGUGUUUGACAUCCUCGUGGGACUCGGCGUACCAUGGGGGCUGCAGACCAUGGUUAUUAAUUAUGGAUCCACGGUGAAGAUCAACAGCCGGGGUCUGGUCUACUCCGUGGUGUUGCUUCUGGGCUCCGUUGCUCUCACCGUCCUCGGCAUCCAUCUGAACAAAUGGAGGCUGGACCGGAAGCUGGGGGUCUACGUGCUGGUUCUCUACGCCAUCUUCUUGUGCUUCUCCAUAAUGAUAGAGUUUAACGUCUUUACCUUUGUCAACUUGCCGAUGUGCCGAGAAGACGAUUAAAGCGGAGCCGCCGCCCCCCAACCCGGGAGCUCUUCUGGACACUCCGGCGCUGGCGUCCUCCUUCUCCUCCCCUCCCCCACCACGAGUCUCUCCUGCACCGGCCGCCACCGUCCGUUCUUUCAUCCUCGGGAAGGAAGAGCCAUCGUGGUCUUUGUAUGGUCACGGGCCAGGCUGCUGGGCAUCCUUCUCCUCCUCGGGGUUCUGCCCCACAAGAGGCAAGAUUCAGGGGCCGCUGUUCGAGCAGCUUCGCAGCCCUCUGAGCCACCAGCCACAGGGACAUGGCAUGUGUCUCCUCUUUUGGACGCUUGGAUCACAAGGACUUCUGUGUGCUGGUUGUCCUUCUGUCGCACUGCGGCCUUGGAAAUGAGGCGGGCGGUGAACACAGGGUCUCCUGUGGCAACGCAAACUAGGAGUGUUGUUCUCAAGGGUCCCCUCUGGGCCAGAGAGUGUGGGUUCCUUGGGCAGCGUGUGCUACUAAUAAGAGCCUCUGAAUCCUGCUGGAGGCACUUACGGUUUGGAGGGAGCAAGGCUCCGCUUGUUGGGAGUUUGGGGCUGUGACGGCAAACACCCCAACCCUUUUCCUGAAAAAAUUGGAAGAAUGGAAACAGUUGUUCACAGCAGAAGAGAGAAAACGAGUGAAUAUUCUUAUCACUUGCAUUGAUGCAUUCAGAGAAUGAGCAAUGAAACAUUAAAAGUAAAAUGUUAGCUAUACAUCUUCAUACUUGAAAAAUAUCAUUCCAUACAAAGAACCUUGAUGGGGACCAAAAAGGUAACGCUUAUGGAAAACAAAUCCUAUGUAUAUCGUGUUGCACUGACGCUAAGAUGUUUGGUUUGGAACAUAGAAAAGAGCGGAAGACUAACAUCUAAACGGGUGCUAACUCAGAGACACGGUGGAGAUGGUAGUUUACAGCCAUUCAUUCCAGACCUCCUGUGGCAUGGGACGCGCGCUGUCAGUUUGGAUUUGUCAUUUCUUUGUUAAUGCUCUGCUCUCAAAACCACCCCGUUCAAAGGCCCAAUUGUUUAUAUGCCCAACAAAUUUCAUAGCCUGCUGAACUGGAAUGCGUGUGCCAGAAGUAAUGGUUACUGACAAGAAGAGAGAUUUCCUGAAAAACCACCAAUUGCUCUCUGCUGAGCUGGAGGCGAGUAUGAAAACCGUAACUAGAAAUUUUUUAGAGCUAAGGUUGUUGAACCUUAUAGUUUGCUCCACAGGAAAGGCCAAAGAUGGGAGGUUGAUUCAAAAAUAGAUAGAAACA